AUGGCUUUCAUACGUAACAUGUUGCGCGUCAAUCUUCGCAAGGUCAGAAUAGCGGUAUCAGUACGCAGGAAGAAGUCACCCUCCAAUGCGCCCGCAGAGUUAAUAGCUCACCACCACCGACAGCAACAACAGCCUCGGGACAACCGGGUCCACAACCUACAGCAAGAACCUUGCGAGGCUCUCAGGACCGUGGUCGAGAACAACGGGGGCAAAAACGUCCCCGAAGAUGAGCCGAGGUCGCCGGAGCCCCAGUGGGUCGUCUCUAUCAAAGAGAAGCUUGAGCAAGCUCGCCAGAACGAUGUUGGGUGCUCAUGGGAGAAGCUCUCCAUUCACCGGAUCCCGCACUAUCUCAAGGAUGGCAAGGGCAAGGACAAGGCCUACGUCCCUCAGAUUGUCUCCCUGGGGCCGUAUCACCACGGUAAGGAGCGCCUACGCCAGAUGGAGCAGCACAAGUGGCGCUGCCUCCACCGCGUCCUCAUGCGUACCAAUCAUCGGAUAGGCUUCUAUCUAGACUCAGUGAUGGAGGUCGAGGAGAGAGCUCGCACCUGCUACGAGGGGCCGAUAUCCAUGAGCAGCACCGAGUUCGUGGAGAUGAUGGUUCUUGACGGGUGCUUUGUGAUCGAGCUGUUUCAGGGAGUCGCCGAGGGGUUCGAAACACUCGGCUACCCUCCCCAUGACCCUGUCUUCUCGAUGCGAGGACCCGUGAACGCAAUCCAGCGGGACAUGAUCCUGCUGGAGAAUCAGAUCCCUUUCCUCAUACUCAACCGGCUGUACGGCCUCCAGCACGGCCACCUGGACCAGGAGGGGGUCUUGGCCAACCUGGCACUGCAGUUUUUCGACCCUAUGAAGCCGACGGAGCCGACGGAUGAGCAUUUGACCAUUAGCAGCAACAGGCUGGAGUCCAACCCGUUACCCGACCAUGGUGAGCUCCAUUGCCUCGAAUUGUUUCGGCGAAGCCUCCUGCACCCGGGCCCGAGCCCGGUGGAUACCAAGGAGUUGUCACACAAGCGGCAACAGCUCAUCCACUGCGUGACGGAGCUUCGGCAAGCUGGGAUCAAGUUCAGCAAGGGGAAGACGGACAGAUUCUGGGACAUCCAGUUCGAAGGCGGGAGCCUCCAGAUUCCCCAGCUUGUGAUCCACGAUGGGACUAAGUCGCUCUUCCACAACUUGAUAGCCUUCGAGCAGUGUCACUCAAAUUGCACCAAGGACAUUACCUCCUACGUAAUCUUCAUGGACAACUUGAUCAACUCCCCCAAGGACAUCGGGCACCUCCACGAUCGCGGGAUCAUCGAGCACUGGCUUGGGAGCAACGCCGAGGUUGCUGACCUCUUCAACCAGCUCUGCCAAGAGGUGGUCUUCGACGUCAGCGACAGUUAUCUUUCGACACUGUCUCAGCAGGUCAACGAAUACUCCAGCCACAGUUGGUAUCGCUGGCUGUUCCUUCUCAAGAACGAGUACUUCGGCAAUCCCUGGUCAAUCACUUCCUUCAUUGCUGCUGUCGUUUUGCUGGGACUUACUUUCGCACAGACCUUCUAUGCAGUCUACGGCUACUACAGGCCAGGUUCCUGAUUUCUCUUAUAGUGAAACUUGUCUGAUUAAGGCUUAACGAGUGAGUGAUAACAUUCUAGUGAAAAUCUGGGAAUUAAGAUUGUGGCUAAUUGACUAUAACCAGCCAAUU